AUGGCUUCGACGGACGGUUCAAGCUCGCCACCUGGCUCACCGGUGUCCUUUCUGAGAGCUAUUGAUGGGAGUCACCUCAGAUGGGCAGACUUCCGAACAAUGGUCCUCGGUUCUUUUCGAAUUGUCCUCACCGAAGGCAUGCAAUUAUCAGAACUGUCGCGGCCUUUCUCCGAUAGACUCAAACAAACUUUACAAGUCCUGAGCCGCUUCACGGAACAAGAAGGUGAAUGGCGCAGCCAAGUGAGGAGUGGAAAAGGCUUUGGGUCAUUGAUAUUCCCCCCGAAUGUACUACCACCUAUUGCUGGAUCAAAGGGCCUUCACAGAUGCCACGCACCAAGAAUGAGUCGUGAAGCACUGCCACCACGCGCUGUCAAAGCCCAGGAAAGCCUCUUCGAACUUCCUGCUCCCCGUCCCGGUCUACUCACUGGUUUUGCGACCGCUGCAUUCGACGAGACCGAACUCUCCAUGCUUCCACACUGCACUGCAUCAACCGGCACCAUUGUCGAUUUCACCUCUGGUUGUGUCUCACCUGGUACCACAGUUUACUGUCCGUUUUUGGUGUUCGAACGUAUGAACAACACAACAAACGAAGGGAUUGAAGCAGCCAGAAACCAAUGCGCUAUCGCAGGAGCUCAUUGUAUUCGGGCGUUGCAGCUACUAUUCCGAAGGUGCAACAGCCCUCGCUCUACCCUCGACAGGCUAAUAUCCUUCUCCUGUGUGAUGGAGAACUCCGCUGCGAUGAUCAACUAUCACUUUGUCGACGGAGAGGGACGCUACUGCAUGGCUGAGAUUGCCACAUUUGUCCUGGAUAACACUGAUGGUUUCGCCGAAUUUCAAGCCUGGAUUGAAGCAAUCGAAGACUGGGGUUCCUCGUGCCUCAAACCGGUCAUCAAGAACGCUCUGCGCCAACUCCGCAGGCAAAACGGCACCCCACCAAUUUCGCCCAUGCCAUCGCUCACUCUGUCUAUUGACACUGCUCCUGGUAACGACGAUGUGCUUCUGAAACUUCUGCGCAGCACUUUCAGCACCAUCAAAUGGAAAUGUGACGGCGAAUACGAGACACCCUUGAACAGCAGUGUUGCUCACUGUGGAACUCCUCUGGGUGCCCGCAGGAUGAGAACAAUGGCAUUGUCACCUACCUCGCCCAUUGACAUCCUGAGCGCCACAACGGGGCCGGCGACACCGUUUUCUAGGUGGCGGAUGAAGCCCGACUGGGGCAACAUGUCUCCUUUGAGUCGAAGACAUCCACUCUCACCACUGAAGCUUCGAUCUGAUGCACCUGACUCCCCCGUCCGUCGACCUACACUUUCCCCUUGCACGCCCCCACCCGAAGCUCCUUUCUCCGCCAAAUCUCCCAUGCUGGUUCUCCAGAAGAGGGUCGACCUAGCAAUGGAUGAGAUACAGGAACUGAGGGCGCUUGUUCAGACGCUGCAUGGAGAACUCAGAGUAAAGAACGGGCAGCUCGAAUCAGAAAAGGAAAAGAAUCAGCCGCGAUCGAGCAUCCUUCCGCAUGACAACGUCCAGACACCAAACUUUGCUAGGAAUGACGGCCAGGGCGCUCUUCAAAAAGAAUCUACCAGGGACAUGUUCACCCUCUACAGGAGCAUGAUCUCGCCCAGCUUGGUGUAUUUCCUCUUUUUCGUCUUGUCUGUGGCUCUGGGACACAACGUAUGGGAAGUAACGUGCUGUAUCAUAUACCUUCGGGCUGCGAAUGGCAGCAGCUCGAGUGACAGGCUGCAAUGA